CGACACGGCGACGACGCGGUGAUACGGCGAUCGGCGAGUACCGGAUAUCACGACGACGACGACGACGACGUCGUUCACGCGAGCGGUGGGACCUCUCCCACGGUGGAUCGCGGCCGGAUCGUUCCUGAGACCACCGCAGCCGUACACACAUGAAAUGGGUAGCUCCUGGUGGCAGUGCGCCGCGUGUCUGAGAGCCCAGGAAGAAGAGGUCUGUGAGCUACAGCUAAAUCACUGUAAUCUCUAUGAUGUACCACCUGAUGUGUUCAUUUACGAGAGAACGUUGGAAAAGUUGUAUCUCGACGCCAAUAGAAUAAGAGAUCUUCCCAGGCCACUAUUUCAGUGCCACGAAUUGCGAAUGCUGUCGCUUAGCGAUAAUGAGAUCACUUCAUUACCACCCGCCAUAGCGUCGUUGAUUAACCUGGAAUACUUAGAUCUCAGCAAGAACAGUGUAAAGGACUUACCAGACAGCAUAAAAGAAUGCAAGAGUCUUCGCUCGAUAGAUAUCAGUGUCAAUCCCUUCGAACGUUUUCCGGACGCAAUAACGCAUAUCGUCGGCUUGCGCGAACUCUACCUAAAUGAUGCAUACAUAGAAUACCUGCCGGCUAAUUUUGGACGAUUGUCAGCCUUGAGGACGCUUGAGCUGCGGGAGAACAACAUGAUGACGUUGCCUAAGAGUAUGAGCCGUCUGGUAAACCUGCAGAGGCUCGACAUCGGCAACAAUGAAUUCACAGAACUGCCUGAAGUUGUUGGGGAUCUCAUCAAUCUCACGGAGUUGUGGAUCGACGGCAACGACAUCAGGCGCGUCCCGGCAAACGUCGAGCAGCUUUAUCGCCUGAACCAUUUUGACUGCACGAUGAACGCGAUACACGCGCUGCCGAUGGAGGUACGCGGCUGGCGUGACAUCGCGAUCAUGAAUCUAUCCUCGAACGAGAUGUACGAGCUGCCCGACACGAUGUGCUACUUGCGCACGAUCGUCACCCUCAAGAUCGACGACAAUCAAUUGAAUGCACUGCCGAACGACAUUGGUCAGAUGUCGAGCUUAGAGGAGCUUAUAAUCACUAAAAACUUUAUCGAGUAUUUACCAUCUUCGAUCGGCUUGCUACGCAAGCUGCACUGUCUCAACGCGGACAAUAACUAUCUGCGUGCGCUACCCGCCGAAAUCGGCAGCUGCGCCUCGUUGUCUCUGCUCUCGUUGCGUUCGAACAAUCUGACGCGCGUGCCGCCCGAACUGGGCCACCUAUCCUCGCUGCGAGUGCUCAAUCUCGUUAACAACGGCAUCAAGUUCCUCCCGGUCUCCAUGCUGAAUCUCAGCAACCUGAAGGCGCUGUGGUUGAGCGACAAUCAAAGCCAGCCGUUAGUGCCAUUGCAGCAGGAGUUUAAUUGCGAAGAGGAUAUGAUGGUGUUGAGCUGCUUUAUGCUGCCACAGAAGCCGCGACAGGACUUAGAGCAAAUAGCGCAGACCGCGGGACCGAUUUCGAGUUCGAUCAUCGGAAACGGCAAGAGAAUAUGUUUUGCUGCUGAGGUAGAUUCCGAAGUCCCCAGGCAACUUCAUCGAGCACCGACCCCUUAUCCCAAGGAGCUACGUAAUCUCGCUAGGCACGCUCGUAACCUGCAUCAUCAAUCCAUUCAUGAUCAAAGAAACACACCUUUGUCUACAACAACCUCUGUCGAUCGUCACACGGCGAAAAACUACAACAAGAGCAACAGACCGACUGACUCCGGAACGGCGGAGCACUCGGUGUCCGAGGAGUCGUCCGACGAAGCGAACAAGACCGUGCUGGCGAAGGAGAAGAGCCCAGACAUUCGAGAGGCGAAGUACAUCCGCAAUCCCACGUCCGAUUACGUCACGAAGGCACCAACGGUCGCCGACUACGUCAACUCUACAUGGCAACCGGACGAAUACUCCAAGGCAAACACGGCAAAGAUAGUGGAGUCUGAGAAAUUUAUCGAGCCCUACAGGACAACGACGAUGUCAUCCGUUGAUGCGACGGAUAGCAAAUACAGCGAGCAAUCAUCACAGGUGGUUGUCGCGCUGAAACCAUCAUGCGACUUACCGCCGGCACCGCCGCCGUAUCAUAUCGCGGCAGCGUUCUCCAAAAAGGCCGCUCUUUUCCAGCAGUUUAAUAAUCCAAUCGAAGCGGAUACACAUCAGGCUCCACCCUCGUUACCGUUUAACUCGCCCUUAAAUUCGGCCGGGCCGUUACCGGACGUGACGAAACAGAAGAACUUUGACACGAGCGCGGAAUCGGCGAAAGCGGAGGAAUGCGCGUCCGUGUCAUCGGACGAUCGAGCAAAUGUUCUCGCUAACUUGUCGAAUGACAAGCUGACGGAUAACGGACAGACAAGUUCUCUCGAUCAGAUCAGCGCGGACCAGAGUUGCACAUCGAUCUCGGAUCCUGGCGCCGAUUUUGAAUUGAACGAUCAACGUGCUCUCAGGCCGAGCAAGAUUCCCAUUCUCAAGGCGAAACACACGGAGAACUCGACGAGUAACGACGCGAGCUCGAGCAGGAGUCCUUCGAGGGAAGAAUACGACGCGAGUAAUAGAACGUUGAACGUUUAUUCUGGCAUAAUACCCACGUCGCCGAUUACGGGGAAGAAAUACCGCAGCCCGUUAUCGACGCCGAUGAGGCCGCUCGAUCGUUCAAGGAAGCUUUUGACGAAUGGAAAUGCGUCGUCAAGCAACAGUUCGUGCGACAACACCAGCCAGGUCUCGAUCGACGUGCCAACAAACAUCAGUGGUCGAACGAACGCAAUUACUCCUGUUCAAACGGGCAGGAAUAUCGGCGUCGACGCGUUGAGUAUUACUUCUACUGCUACCGCUGCCGCUAAGAACGAAAGCAGCUCGGACCGAGACGUACCAAACCACAAUACGAACGGCAAAUCUCAAGACGACAUGCAGAGCUUUAACGCCGAGAGCUUCAAAGAGUACACGAAUCCUGCGGCGUCAAACGAGAUACUAAACUGGGAGAAGAAGCCGAAGUUCAAGUGGAUGUUCGGUCCUCACAAAAAUGCGAAUGUGUUGCCUGUUCAAGUGAAGAAGAAUCCAGGUCUCGGUUUCAGCAUAGCUGGCGGGGUAGCAGGUGCAGAGACCAUUAUAUUCACAGGGAAUAAUCGUGACGAAGGUAAAUCCCGACGGGCCAGCUCAGGGUACUCUUCGGCCGGGAGACAAGAUUCUGGAAGUGGACGGCAUCGACUUCACUAAAUCGGAUCACAAUAACGCCGUCGCCGUUCUGCGUGCCACCGGUGCUGUGGUAUCUAUGAUGAUAAGUCGCCACCAAUGAUUGUAAGUUAAUUCGGAAAAACACAAAACAAAGAAGGAAGAAAACUUUUUCUAAUUCUUUUAGAUCGCGUACGAUCGCUUUACAUACUUCAGACUGAAUACAUUUUAUAUAUAUAUAGUUCUAUAAUACACGUAUACAUAUAUAUAUAUUUAAAUAUAUUCUUUAAUCAAAUCCGCAAAAAUCGAUACUAAAAACGCGUCACGUUCGCGCGAAAAUGAAGGAGAAACCGUCCGCGCGAAUAUCGCCAAGAUUUGUUCGUGCUAUUGUGAAUCCGCGACGAUAUUCGCGCGGAUAAACGAAAAAAAGGGGAUUUCUCCCCCGUAUAUACGUAUAUCUAUAUGUUUGUGUUGAAUAAGAUUGUAAACAAGGCUAGGAUAUGUUCACGGAUAUCGUUCGUUUUACGAAUAACAAACGGCGCGACAAGGUGAUUAAUCCUCCCUCGUGAAAAUAAUAAUUACAAAAUAUGGUAUUUUUCAAUAAUCUAUCUGCGGAGAGCGGGUCGAUCCGCUCGCGCUCAUGUAACUCCUCCAUGAGUAACUACAACUAGAACAAUAAUGUUUUUCCCGAAAGCUCUCUAAUUCACGAGACACGCACAUCCGCGGGUGUGUGGACAAUGUUGAAUAGAUUAGUCGAUUUACAUCUAUAUUAUCUAUAUAUGCGCUCCCCUCGAUCGGGGGCGCCGACAAUGUGCCAGAAAACAAAGUACUAUUUAUUAUCCAUAUACAUAACAUAUUGAGAAAAGAAGAUAUAUAUAUAUAUACUAUGCAUAUAUAAAUAUAUACAUAUAUUAUAUAUAAAUAAAUUUAUCUGUAGACGGGGGUCAGACGAAGUUCUCAUAGAUCUUAGGUGGUGUAAAUAGGUCUUUCGAUUGUUCUCGCGUGUCAAAGUGUUCGUUAAAUACAUCCAUAGGGUGUUUGGACGAUAGAAAUCUCGCCCUCGAAUUCAUGACUUGGAGUCAAUUUUUUUAACCCAGAACGUUGAAAUAUAAAUAGUUUUCUUUAAUUAAAAUAAAAAUAAAAAUUAAUAAUUUUAAAAAAUAAAAAUGGCUUUCUUUUUUUAACUUGAUAAUCUUAUUUGUUUGAUGAAACUUUAAAUCGAGAAUUACAUGAUGUAACAGAAAUUCUUUUGAGAUUAGAAAAAUAAUUAAAGUACAUUUUUAUAUAAAACAUUGAAAUUUUAAUGUUUAAUUACAUAUCUUAAUUCUUAAGAUACUAAAUUCAAUUAUGAAAAAUUAUGAAAGAGUAAGAAUUAUGAGAAUUAGGAGAGAUAAGAAUUAUAAAAUCAAGGGAGGUCUAGUCAAAUUUUUUGCCGAGAGGGUCAGCUCAGAAUUUUCCGAGAAAUUCACGAGCGAGAUUUGUUGAAAAUAUUACUGCAAGAUACAUAUAAUGUCGUUGCGCUUGUAAUUGAAUCAUUUCUCACACUAUGUAUGAUCUUGAUUGCAUAUAACGAUCUUUAUUAGUUGUUGACUAUAGUAGUUGUUAUUGCAUACGGCAAAACUAUAAAUUCUAUGGUGAUUUGAAUAUGGAAUACUGUGAAGAGGAACGGUAUGAGUUGUGUUAUGAAAUAAGUGAAACCUCGGAUGUUCAGCCGAAUGUUCAAUUGAACUAAACGUUUGUUUUCUUCGUCGGGACGACGAUUCGAAUAUAAUAUCCGUUUAUAGAUAAUCGAGCAUUCAGGGUUUAUCGAUAAUUGCGCCUCGCUCUAUGGGAUCCUCGUCACUCCCUCGUCUAGUUGUAGGAGAGAAAAGAAAAUAUUCUUCUAUGUGCCGUACUUAUAUCGAUAAUAAUGUUUAUACUCGUGUCAGUGUCAGUCUACGGACGUUCAACUAAUUGUAAUGCGUAUUAUUCCGCUAUGGAUCUCUCUCUCUCUCUCUCUUUCUCUCUCUCUCUCUCUCUCUCUCUCUCUCUCUCUCAUUUUUUACCUUUUCUCAGAUUUAUCGCGAGAGAUCGCUAUUCGAUCGUUAAUUAAUCCUUGAACAUUGGCGCACACGUUCCGCGAUGUUAAUGAAGGAUACGUCCAAUCCUUCAGUUAUUAUAUUGGAGAUCGUAUAAAAGGAUAUCUCGUUUGUUCCUUUAAUUAAUACUCGAUGUAUCUGUCAAUAAUGAAGAGUGACGAGAGUUCGAUUAAUAAAAUUCUAUAACUCAUAAGUAUCGUGUGAGCGUCAAACUGACGCAAGCUAUGAAUUUACUAAGCCAAAUAUGUUACGUAGUAAAAUAUUUUUUAAAAUAUCGGUUUUUUAAAUUUCUAUUUGAAAAUUAUUAUUUUAUGUUUAAAACAGUGUUAUAAUUACUUAUAAAUAAAAAAAAAAAAUUACGCGAGCAUUUGCAUUAAUGAGUAGAUUAGUUAUACAAUAUACGUGACGUUUAUAAAUUUUAUGAACGUUUUAUUGCGUGUUUGCUAUAUACAUAUGCAUACACAUUUGUAAUUAGUUUAUAUGUGUACUAAUACAUGUAAAUUUGGCAAAGGUUUCGCGCCAGUGCUCGAGGAUUAAAUUGAUGUAUACGUGUACCGUUAUUUGACCGUUUUUAUCAUUAAUGUUUUUAGACUGUUCGAAACCACGAAACGCCUUUUCGGAACUAACGCGACUGAUUUAGCGAUUAAUUUUGCGGUGUUCACUCGCGUUUCUUCCGUUGAUAUCCUGUUGACGGAAAAAAACCCUUUUGUAAGGGUUUUCUUACGAAACUGUUCUCCGCGAUGAUUGUUAGUCGAGCAUUAAAUUGCGACGAGCGAGAGACAAGACGCUUUUGUACGUCUCACGCUGGAAGAAUAGUGAUAAGAAGAAAAGUCGCGGUGGAGAGAACAAGAGGAUCGUAGGACUGACAUAAUGGUAGCACAAAAGAUAUCGUUAUUCAGUUAUAUAUAUAUAUAUGUGUAUGUUGCGUUUAUAUAUAUAUUUGAGCGCAUUGUUAUAAUCUAAACCAGUGUGAAUGCAAGACUAUUUACAGCAUACCAGACGUUCCGCAUCUCUCCUCUGUUAAGAUCUCUUGCACGAAUCUUCGGAAUCUCGUUUUUACUUUUGAAUAAUUCAAUCGGCUCUCUUUCUCCUUAUUAUUAAUUUGUAAUUACAGCAUGGUUUACUUGAAAAACCUGGAAUUUUUAAAGAAUUUUUUUAUUCUUUAAAAUCGUAUAUUUUAUUGAUACUCAGGAAACAAUUUUAAAUUUUUUAAUUUAAAUUCUAUCUCUCUGAUGAAAUUGUUUUAUUUAAUCUUUUUUUACUAAAGUAAAUUGACAGUAAAUAUGGCCCAUGUAUAUUCAUGUAUAUAAUCAUUUUUUUAUAUAACUUGAGUUUAAAAAAAAAUUAGUGACAAUAUAUUCUGAAUUAGGAUUUAAUCAUCUUUUGUAUUCUUUUUUUUUAGCGAGUUAGAUCUGUGUAUUGUGAACAGAUCGUUAUGUGCUAUAUUUUCGAGUUUAGUUUAAAUUAUUUUUUCUUAAUAUUUUUUUCUCAAAUUUAUCAUUUAAAAUUAAAAUACAGCUUUUCUUUGUGAUUAUAUAAUUAUAUAAAAAACAUUAGACGGUAGAAUACAUUUAUUUUAAAACUAAACAUUCUUUGAUCUUUUUUGGAAUUUUGAAUAAAAUUCCUAGAUAAUCCGGGAAUAUUCUCAGAGAAUUCUUUUACAAAUUGAGUAAACACCCUGCAAUUAGUAUAAUUUUAUCGUCACAUUUGCUUUUAUUAUUAAUAACUGACUAAGCCAUUUAAUAUGUUGUUAAUCAGAACAUCAAAAUGCAAAAAGAUUGAUUUUUAUGGCGAAUUUAAAAAACCUUAUCUGAAGAAUUUUGACCGUUCGGAGAUUUUGGGUUAAAAUGAUAAUUUAGACUACGGAGGAAAGAUACCGAGAGUCUGAGAUUGUGAGCGUUAAAUAAUUAAUUGUUGUUACUAAGUUAGUGUUUGUCUACUUGUAUCUUCGUUCUUCGUCGAUGUUACGUAUCGUAAGAUUUAACCUAGGUAGGUUCACGGCCGUGUACCGAUCAAAGCAGCUUCGUAUUUCAAUUUCCGCGCGUCGGGAGUUACAAUAGAAUUAUUUGUACCUAGUCAGACCUCGAUAGCAAACGUUAGUGCUCGCGCGCGCCGAUUUGUAGCGACAGUUUUCAUCAUUCUUUGCGUUGCGUCUUACGUAUGUAUGUAUAUUGGCGUUGCUGAUGCGACAACCUGAACUUCUAAUUAGAUUGUACUGAAGUUCUUUCCACUUCUUAUUUAUAGAUACUCGCGCGAUUAUUUUCCUUUACAGCUCAUCAGCUCGUUGUUCUUCUCAUUCUGUUGCUGCAUUUAAUUUCCGUAGAAAUGAUGGAAUGUAUUUAGGUUGAUAAAAAAAUUCGCUCGUCUCUUUCUGUUCGAUGACUUCUCAAUAUUAAUGUCUAUUACUACCAAUGUAGAUUAAUUUCAAUUUUUGUUUAUUUUUUAUCUUUUUCCAGUUUGAAAAGUAAAAAUAUGAAAAGGGAGAAAAGAAAAAUAAAAGUGUUUAAGUAUUAAAGGCUUCAAUUUUAAAUCCCAUUUAUAAAACUAAAAUAUUUUAAGAUAAAAAAACAAAACAUUUUAAUAUCUUUAUUUUGUUAACAUUUCUAAAAUAUUUUAAUAUCUUAAAAUUGUACACUUCUUUUUGAGUUACAGUUAAUCUACAUUGUUAGAAAUAGUCGUACGAAAGUCGGCGAACGAGCGUAUCUUUUUCAUCAGCCUAAUCAUGCCUUUAGAUUGCCUGAGAGAGGCGAAUUGUAAAGUACGUGCUGGUUGACGGAAAAGUUUCCACUUUCAUGGACCAUGAAACACACAUAUUACUCUUUUCUACUACUCUAAACUAAACAGACUGACUACCUUUUGGAUACCUAUUACAUGUUUAACGGCGUGUCUAACCGAGGCGGGUUCGAGUCAGCCCGAAACGAGAUCGGAGGAUCUCACGAAUUUAUUCUCCAUUAUGGAAUCGCGUUUGGAUCAAAAAUCGCCUCUGAUCUUCGAUGAGGGAAUCUUCCAAAAACUUCGUAUCACUUAAUCUCGCGAAUGGGAGCGCGAGUUAAACGAAUCGUACCCGUCCCUCGCACGGAAACGCCGUGAGCGACGCUCGCUAUCGUUAUUGAUCGGAGUGAAUUGCGAAUCUAAGAUUGAACGCGUGACUGAGACUCCGAGUUGUAUCCAUGAGUGUAUAUACAAUAAGCGACUAAUUGUACGUAUGUAAAGCAAACGUUGAGAAAGCAAUCAAGUGGUCGUACCAUUUUACUUGACGACGUAUUUUUGCGUUUUUUAAUCUCUGACUUUUUUAAUCUCUCACUUUUUUAAUCUCUCACUUUUUUUAUCCUGUCGAACGAGUUUCAGAGCAAAUCGGACUCGCUUUUUUGUGCCAGAAUGUUUUUCUGUUACUUAUGUUUUUUUUUUUAACGAGUCGAUAAUGGACGUGUUAAGUAUUGCGUUUCGCGAUAUCUGUGUUUAUCUGGAGAACGAUUUAUCUCUGUGAACGGUACAACCACUUUGUUAGCGUACGUUAAUUGUCAUUGUAUGAAUAAUUUAUAGUUUGUAACGGUGAUCGAUGUACAAACAGGUAACUCACGUUCUACCGGACGUCGUCUUCUGAUAUACAAUUACUAUUGCAUUUUGAAUAUGUUAGUGGAAGAUGUCUGACCUUUAACGAGAAGUCCUAGUUGGUUGUGCAGCAAUAAAUAAAUUAAUAUUUACGUACAAA